UGGGAGCAGCAGCAUCGCACGGACAAUGUGUGGGGCAACAGGUCCCGCUACACUUCGUCGGACAGCGCUUUCAGCCACAACCUGGACUCGGAGGUGGCUGUGCUGAGGGGCCAGUUCAGUGCGACGGUCCUACUGGAUCUCACGAAGGCAUUCGACAUGGUGCGGCCGUCGCAACUGUUUCGCGAGGGCUGCUUGCUUGGCUAUCCGCCGAGGAUGCUGUACAUGUUGCUCAAGAUGUACGCCCAGCCGAGGAGCCUCAAGGGGUACGGCACUUUCUCCGACAUGGUGCAGGUGGACCAAGGUGAGGACUUUGAUCUUCUACGAGUGGCACCAGCCGACAUGAAGGUAUUUCUGGAAGAAUCGAUCAAGCGGUGGCAGGUGCAGCGGCUGGCUUAUCACUUGCCUGUGCAG